CGACAGACCGCCGCGGGGUGUCACGGCCGCGGCCAAGCUUGCCAGGCGUGGGGCAGGCGCCCGGCGCUUUUAAACCCGGGAGGGCGCGGCGGCGGCGGCGGCGGCGGCGGGCGGAUCGCGGCGCGCGCUGGGCGCCGGGUGGCGGCCGAAUGGAGAGGAAGGGCUCGGCGGCCAAGGGGAACCCGAGCCCGCCGGCAGCCGGCGAGGCUCAACGGCCGCAGCCGCCACUGUGCGUCCCGGGCGGCGGCGGAGGGACCCCGGCGCGGGGCCAGGGUGGCGCGGCUGCGGAGCCAGCCGAGUUCAUCCGGCGAGCGCACGAGUUCAAGAGCCAAGGGGCGCAGUGCUACAAGGAUAAGAAAUUCCGCGAAGCCAUCGGCAAAUACCACAGGGCGUUGCUGGAGCUGAAGGGGCUGCUGCCGGCCUCCGGGGAACGGGAGCGGGACUCGUACGCGGCCUCCCCGGCCGGGGCCCCCAACCCCGGGAGCCUCUCGGAGGAGCAGAGCAAGACGGUGGAAGCCAUCGAGAUCGACUGCUACAACAGCCUGGCAGCCUGCCUGCUCCAGGCUGAGCUGGUGAACUAUGAACGAGUCAAAGAGUACUGCCUCAAAGUCCUGAAGAAAGAAGGGGAGAAUUUCAAGGCCCUUUACCGGUCCGGCGUGGCCUUCUACCACCUUGGAGACUACGACAAAGCACUCUACUACCUGAAAGAAGCAAGGACCCGACAGCCAACAGACACCAACGUGAUUCGAUAUAUCCAGCUGACGGAGAUGAAGCUCAGCAGAUGCUCCCAGAGAGAGAAGGAAGCCAUGUAACCGGAACACCUUUCUAGAGCCGAGCCUAACCCGGGACAUCCAGGCACCUGCUGGUGGAGAGCCCUUCCCAGGGUUCUGUUCCUUUCUCCCCACUUCCUCCUCCUAUUGCCCCUCAACUCUUUGUCUACCCCCAGUGUGAAAAGAAGGAGACGUGCAGAUUUGGAAUCUGGUGGGUUGCCCUGACAAGGGACAUCCUCUUUCCGGUAGGGCAGCCGCUGAGAGGGACCUAACUUCAGCGGGAACAGCCAGAGAGGACUGUCACAGGUUGGGAAUGCCAUUGCAGCUUUGACUUGGGCCAGUGCUUCCGGCAGAGGCAGAGCCUGGCAGGUGCACCAUCCCAAAGGCGUCGGGCACGGAGCCCACGGGCUGGACCCCUCCACAGCUGCCUGACAGACUGCAGCAUCUCAAGGCAACUGUGACAAAUCCAGGGAUGAGACAGACACCAGAAGCGUUGGUUAAGCCAACAGAGUCUGAGAGUCUGUGCACUGGAUUCCUGCACACAGACCCGCUCCCCACCCCCAAAACCUCAGGCCCUGCCUCCCUCCCUCGCUCGUUGUCCUGGUGUGUGCUUUCUCCUCUCCCACUUGGGGAUCUGAGACUCUGCCAGGAUUCACAUGCCAUCGAAGCCCACUCUCAGUGCCCUCUGGUGACCACACAUACCAUUCUCCCAGACUCCCAGCCAGCAGGCAGCUGUGACAGCAGAAGGGCAGGGUAGAGUGGGCCAGGGGCUGACCACAUAGGGACAGGGAGAGGGAGAGAUGAUAUCUAGGGGAAAGAGCAUUGUAUAGACUGGGAGACUGAACUGCGGACGAAUGAAGUGUAAAUAAAAAUAAAUUAACAGGCAGCAGUUCCUGUCAUUUCUGUUGAAAGCGGCCCACUCCCUCACUUUUACUCCCUCCCGCAACCCUCGAUCAGAGCUGCUUGCAGCCAGGUAGGAUGGGGCUUCCCCCAAAACAAUGGGCCAUUUGCGCAGGGGUGUACAAUGCUGGCUGCGCCUUUGUGCUUUUAGAGUAGGCUGGCAUUGUGGAGACUGCCCAGGGAUUUGGCUAUGCGGGAACCUGUAGCCUCUCUUUUGAUGAAAUUACCUGGACUCAAUAUCUAGCACAUAGAAUGUGUUCAACAAAUAUUUGUUGAAUGACUAAAUGAUGACUGCAGACUGGCUCUCCUGCCUUAAACUAAUUUUAUCCCAGCCUAGUCUCCCGAUACCGAUGCCCUUUUUGCGAUGCCAUGUUGCUUCAGUCAAAUCAGAGACGCUUACUGAGGGCUUCUUGUUUGCCUGUCAUUGUGCAGUUUGCCCUGGGACGUAGGAUGUAGUCCCAGUCUUCAAGGAGUUGGAAGAGUUGAGAAAUAGUCAUAGGAGAUUAUUACCAAUGAUACCUUUAAUUUAUAUGAUGCUUUAAAAAUUUCAAAGCACUUUCAUGUAUUUUUUGUGUGAUCCGUGAGAUAAUAUUGUACAAAUUAAAAUAUAUACAGAUGCAAUAAUAUUAAUAGUGAGCAUUUAUUAAAUGCACU